AUGAGGUCUGAAAAGGACCAAAUGACCGCCGGCAAGGAGAAAAGCGUCGUCGAGAUACAGUUUAGAGACGCGAGGGAGCAAGACAAUACUCCCCCCAAGCAGAAAGAAGAGAAGAAAGAGGUUUUUACCAAGGUGGUGCUUCGAAGGCUUCCACCUAACCUGUCAAAGGACCAGCUGGAGGAACAGCUCAGUCCACUUCCAUCCUAUGACUAUUUUGAGUUCUUUCCAGCUGAUCAAAGUCUUUAUCCCCACCUGUUCUCCAGAGCAUACAUCAACUUUAAAAACCCGGAAGAUAUCCUGCUGUUCAGGGACCGAUUUGAUGGUUAUGUCUUCAUUGACAACAAGGGCCAGGAGUAUCCUGCAGUGGUAGAGUUUGCCCCCUUCCAGAAAAUCUCCAAGAAGAAGCUAAAAAAGAAAGAUGCCAAAGCUGGGAGCAUUGAAGAAGACCCAGAAUAUAAGCGGUUCUUGGAGAAUUACUCAUGUGACGAGGAGAAGUCUAUGGCCAACCCUGAGACUCUGCUGGGAGAGAUAGAGGCCAAGACCAGAGAGCUCAUCGCCAAACGGACAACACCACUGUUGGAGUACAUCAAAAAUAAGAAAAUAGAGAAACAAAGAAUAAGAGAGGAGAAGAGAGAGGAGAGGAGAAGAAGAGAGCUUGAAAAGAAACGGCAAAGGGAGGAAGAAAAGAGAAAGCGACGAGAAGAGGAGAGGCGCAAACGAAAAGAGGCAGAGAAGCAGAAGAAACUGUCUGAUAAGGACAUCAAAAUUAAGCUCCUGAAGAAGAGUGACAGGGACGAUGACGUGGAUUCAGACCGAAUGAAGGACAAAAGUGACAUUGGGGAGACAGACAGAGGCAAAUGGGAGAAAGCUGGAGGACAAAUGAAGUCAAAAGACUCCAAAGAAAAAGGUCAGCCUGAGAGUGACAAGGAGCAGAGGGAGCAGCACGGCCGCAGACAGAGAGAGAAGGAUCACAGAGGGAAAGAUGAAGAGAGGAAACGACAGCGACACCACUAUGAGUUUGACAAGUUUAUGCGUCGUAAAGAUGAGACCAAGUGGGGGAAGGGCUACUGCCAGGACAGAGCCAAGAAAGAGGGUCACCAUCACAGCUAUUCUUACUGUCCCGACAGUGGAGACAAACUGGGAAAGGAGGACAGGGAGGACCUGGGUAACAGGAAGGAACGCCUCCGAAACAAGGUGAGCGAGAAGGACCGACCAGCCAUGCAGCUCUAUCAGCCUGGCGCACGCAACAGGAAGCGCAUGAGCUCUGCAGGCAAAGGCUAUGACUGCAUCCCUGUGGGCCACUCACCUGAACCCGGGACGGAGCAUUGCUAUGAAGUCAUCACUCUGGCAACAGGGCUUGAGAAGGGGUUUGAGAAAAGCAAAGAUGAACAGUGAGCAGUCUGGAUGCUUAUAGAAAAUACAAAUAAUUUGGCUUUUCAGCCGAAGAUGAUCGUGACAGGUUUGACUGGUUAUCAUUGAGCUUUUAAAAAAUUAUAAACUCCACUGAGGGACAGAGGCACUUAAAAAGCAGACAGUCUUUUAGUCAUGUUAACUCACUGCAUUCGGUGUGAUAAAAUCAGAGCUUUGAACAUUAGUCAUUGAACAUUAGUCAAAGCUUUUGUUUUGCUGGAGCUUGAACAUUUUUACUACACAUUAAAUACUUUAAUUGUCUUGCUGUUUAGCAUUCAAAGAAUCAUCAGAGUGUUAGGUUGGAUCCUUGGAAUAAACCACGUGAAUAAUAGUGACAACGGGCAAACAAUAGUACCUUUAUGACAGCACAACCAUAAGUGGUUUUCACACAGUUAUUUGGUAUAUUACAUGCACUAUUUUGGUGCAGAUGCACAGAUUGAUAUUUCAAUUGAAAUGUAGUUGCCUCCUGCAAACUAGUUGUUCAAUAUCACCAAAGCUUUUCACACAAGGCAGUUCAGUGUCAUUCCCUUUGGUCCUUUUUUUGAAGUGUUUUCCUGUAAGAGGCACCUCUCGGUCACUGUCCAUUAACAAUUUGUUACUGAAACCAUGACCUCAUUUGCUGCAACAGAUCUUGUUAUUAAGCCUUUGUAGACUCAACUGAAUCUGGAUGU